CCCCACUAUUUUCAACUGGCGACUGUCGCUCACCCGAGGGUGAGCAACAAUGACGGAUCGCAUUAAUGAUGCAGCAUCCAAUAGUCUUUACGCUGAUCCGAUGUUCCGUGGUCCCUAUUGAUCCUAUGGACGCCAUUAAAAAUUCACUGCUAAAGGUCUUUACGCUAAACGGAAGCUCACGUUGCAUAUCGAGUUGGGGUAGUUUCGCGCAUUAUCGAAUAAAGAAUUCAUUGGGUAUUUUCCUGUUUCGCUGGGGGAUGAUGUGCACCAAGAAACACAGCGUCUCAAUGAUAUCGAUUGGCCAAUGCUAUGGGAAUAUCUACCAGCAGCUUCCAAUGAAUGAAAGGACCAAUCCUUGUAAAUCACGGUUGGCUGCUCACGUAUAGUCCGAGACGCAUAUAUUUAUACGUUGCAUUUCAUGAAAAAUUGAAAAAUGAAAUGCGUACGACGCGAUUGAAAAGAACCAGAAGCAUCAAUUUAAUUGCAAUUCCGUGGAAAAAAAGGUACGCGUUGAAUAAAGAGGCUACGCCACUUUUUAAUUUAAAUACUGUAACGCAUUUCCUGUCAUACACUCUAUCUGUGACUCCAACGUGGCAUUCCCCGGAUCCCUUGGGCGCCAGGUGCAUCCUUGCACCAGCCCGACUCGUCGGGCCUUUAAUUUUUAAUCCGCGGCACGUCAACUCCGGGAGUCUUCUCGACCGGAUCUUCCCGCUAGCUCCUAAUCCUACAUGGUAGAGGGGAACGUGAGGGCGGCCAGUAUCUGCAGGAAUCAGCCGGCUUCUUUGGCAAUAACUAAGACGGUGGGAUUUAAUUCCAACAAUGGCCCUUUAUUUCGCCUAGGUAAACGAGUACAGUCGGGUGAUGUUACGAGCGCGGGUCUAUACAAUUCUAAUACACAACGCGCGGUCGCGGAGGUCAUCUCUGUUGACGGUGGACGGUUCGAAUCUGCAACCGCCAGGACACGUGACGAGGCCCGCGGGCCCCCACUCCUCGUGCCAAGAUGCACCGGCGGAUGCGCUUCAUCCCCGGCCGGCGCGCUGCAUAGCUUCGGGGCGGUCGCCUAAACUGCACUUACCGAACCGUGAACCGUACCUUUCUUCCUCGUCGCUCGGGCGGUGGUUGGUAAUUUUCCUCCUCGUCGGCCGUCUCCUCCCUCUGUCACUCGGAGUUCCGUCGGAGCGCCGACGUCGUCGAUAGAUCCAAUUUGCCCUGUCACGUCCGGGCAAAAGCCAUGUUGCCCAACAGGUCCUGCAAUCUCACACACUCAAACCAGACAAAUCGCGGUACCUUAUCCGCUGAUUUUCGGUAUUCUCGUUCCGCGGUUCACAACGAAGUGGCCCCCCUUUCGGCCCACGGUCCGAGGAUUCCCGAAGAAUCCCGAGUUCACCCGAGCUCGUGCGUUUGCUCUCGCCUCGGUCCGCUCUUCGCUUUUCGGCGCUCACCGCCCGCCCGUCUCCGGGCGGCGCCGAUCUUACCCGAGCCCGCCCGACUUUCGGGCUUGGCGGUGCCGGUUUCUCUCCCCGGCUUCCCCUUACUCCGAACCUCCGUCGUCAUAGGCAUUCUCUUGGCGGCUUUCGUCGGCGACACGGCUCUCCGUGCCCCUAUGUUUUUAUGUAACUGGCCGUCCCGCGGACGCCACGUUACAAUACAUAAAAUAACGAUUUUAUAACAGACAUUUUUAUUGCUAUUAAAAGAUAAUACAUACCUAAUAACAACGAACUACUAAUUUUAUAAUUAUUUUUGUUUCGGUACAGUGCAAUAAUAAAAAUCGGUAAGAAGCUUAUCUUUGCAUUUGAAAGUGCAUAGGGUGCAUAUUCGUUCUAA